AUGAAUCGAUUGUGUUUCUCGUCUGGUUCUCUUGGUGGAAGAAGGUGCUUCUCUUCGGCUUCUGCCGUUUGUGGCCUCAGCGGAGGCAGAACCAGCUCGGGCUCCAUGUCCUGGCCUGCUGGAAGAAGUGAAAGCGGUGGCUUUGGCAGCACAAGUCUCUUUGAGCUGGGUAGAAGUCAAAGAAUUUCCUAUGGUGGAGGCUAUGGUCUUGGACACUGUGGUGCAUAUGGUGGUGGGGGGUACGGUUACGGCGCAGGCUAUGGCAGCGGUGCGGGCUUUGGCAGCCAUUUCGGUGUUGGCAGUGGUGCAGGUUAUGGUAGCUGUGUAGGCUACGGCAGUGGAGGCUACAGAGGUUCCUCUGGUUUUGGAGGUUACUCCCCCUACCAUUUUGGAAGUGGUGUACGUUAUGGCGUCGGACAUGCAGGUAGAAGUGAGGGUAUCCAAGCGGUGUGCAUCCAUCCGGAACUGUUGAAGCCUCUCUCUGUGGGGGUUGACCCAGAAGAACAUAAAAUACGAUCCCAUGAGAAGGAGCAGAUAAAAUGUCUCAACGACCAGUUCGCCUGCUUCAUUGACAAGGUCCGCUGCCUUGAGCAGCAGAACAAGGUGCUGGCAACGAAAUGGGAUCUCUUGCAGCAGCAUGCCGUCCCGGCAAAGAGAGACCUUCUCCCUGUUUUCGAGAAUUACAUCUGCCAACUGAAAAAACAGCUGGAAUGUUUGUUACAUGACAGGGCGAGACUGGAAGAUGAAGAAAAGGCCGUCCAGGACUUGGUCCAUGAGUACAAAAGCAAAUAUGAAGGGGAAAUCAACAAACGCACGCAUGCAGAGAAUGAGUUUGUGGUGCUCAAGAAGGAUGUGGACUGUGUCUUCAUGACCAAAGAAGAGCUGGAGGCCAAGCUGUUGCAGCUGAGACAGCACUUUGAGUUCCUGAAAUGCAUCUUUAUUGAGGAGAGAGCUCAGCUAGAUGGCCAACUCUGCGAUACCGCCGUUGUUUUGGAAAUGGACAACAGCCGAGACCUGGACCUCAGUGGCAUUAUCCACAGUGUUAAAUGCUGUUAUGAGGAGAUCGCUCAAAAGAGCAAAGGAGAAGCUGAGACAUUCUACCAAACUAGACUUGAGGAGCUGAGCACCAACAGAGGCAGAUUCUGUGAUGACCUGAAGAAUAUCCAGGGUGAAAUAGCAGAGCUGAAACGGCUGAUCCACAAACUGCAGGGCGAGACUGAUAAAGUGAAGAAAGAGAUUGCCUGUCUGCAGACGGCCAUUGCUGACGCUGAGCAGCGAGGCGACUGCGCCCUCAAAGACGCCAGAGAGAAGCAUAUUGAUUUGCAGAACGCCUUGCAGAAGGCCAAGGACAAACUGGCCUGCAUGCUGCGGGACUACCACGAGCUACUCAACAUCAAGCUGGCCUUGGAUAUUGAGAUAGCUACAUACAGAACAAUGCUGGAAGGAGAAGAAACCAGGAUAUGUACAGGGAACCCCACGAAUGUCGCUGUGGUCAGCGGUGGCCAUACCAUCGGGGAUUGCAGAGCCGGCUUUGGAAGUGUUUGUGGACCUCUAAAGGGCGGAUUCAACCAUGGAAUUGGAAUCUUUGCCUCCAGUGAUGGAUUCAGCUCCAGAAGUGCAGAAGGCAUCUCCAGGAUGGGAGGUGGCUAUGGCACAAGGAGCGCCGUCGGCUCUUCAGGAAGGGGAUAUAGUUCUGGAGGACUAGGCAGUGGUGGAAUUGGGUAUAGCUUGGGAGGAUUCAGCUCUGGAAGUGGGGGAUACAGCUACAGACGUGUGCUCAGCUCUGAUUUUGCAAGUUCCGGGGGUGUUGGCGGUCACGUGGGUGGAGUGGGCAGCUCCGGGAGUGCAGGCGCCGGAGGUGAUGUGGGAUACCAUUCCUCAGGCGGAGUCAGUUCUGUGGGUGGGGUUUGCAGCUCUGGAGACGUAGCCUCCUCUGGAGAUGCAGUAGGGAGCUCUGGAGGUGCAAGUGGAAUUCAUUCCUCAGUGGAACAUUUUAGCUCUGGAGGUGUCGGCAGCUCUAGCGGUGGAGUUUAUAGCAGUGGCGGUGUAGGAAGUUCUGGUGGUGGAGUUUAUAGCAGUGGCGGUGUAGGAAGUUCUGGUGGUGGAGUUUAUAGCAGCGGCGGUGGAAGUGGAGGAGCAUACAGCUCGGGUACGCGCAUGGUAUCAGUCAGCUCUUCAAGCAGAAGGAUCAUCCGAUAA